AUGCCGCAGCUCCAUUACUCCACCAUACUCUACCAUGACCACCACACCAGCUGUCCAUUAAUCCACCAUGCCCUCAGCUAUCCAUUACUCCACCAUACCUCAGCUAUCCAUUACUCCACCAUGCCUCAGCUAUCCAUCCACCAUGCCCUAUCCAUUACCUCAUGCCAGCUAUCCAUUAAUCCACCAUGCCCUCAGCUAUCCAUUACUCCCCACCAUGGCUCACCUAUCCACCAGCUAUCCAUCCACCAUGCCUCAGCUAUCCAUUGCUCCACCAUGGCCUCAGCUAUCCAGGCAUUGCUCCACCAUGCCUCACCUCCAUCCAUUCAGCUCUAUUACUCCACCAUGCCCAGCUAUCCAUUACUCCACCAUGGCUCAGCUAUCCAUUACUCCACCACACUCAGCUAUCCAUUAUUCCACCAUGCCUCAGGCAUCCAUUACCCACCAUACCCCUUCAGCUAUCCAUUACCCACCAUGCCCCACCCAUCCAUUAAUCCACCAUGCCUCAGCUAUCCAUUACUCCACCAUGCCUCAGCUAUCCAUUACUCCACCAUGCCUCCAUUAUCCAUUACUCCACCAUGCCCCCCAUCCAUCCAUUACUCCACCAUGGCCUCAGCUAUCCAUUACUCCACCAUGACUCAGCUAUCCAUUACUCCACCAUGCCUCAGCUAUCCAUUACUCCACCAUGCCUCAGCUAUCCAUUACUCCACCAUGACUCAGCCAUCCAUUACUCCACCAUGA